AUGUCGGCAUUAUUUCGUCUUUUAACGGGUAGGAGACGUACCCGACUCGGUGGAGGUAAUACCACAACCGAUGGAGGACAGGUAGCUGGUCGCAAGAAAAAUCAGCUCACGUGUAACGUCGUUCUUCUGGAUGGCACUGUUUAUACCGUUGACAUAAGUAAAAAGUCAACUGGUGAAGAUCUUAUUGAGCAAGUAUUUUACUACCUGGAUUUGAUUGAAAAAGAAUAUUUUGGUUUACAAUUCUCAGAUGCACACAAUGUUAACCACUGGGUUGAUCCAACAAAGUUACUUAAGAAACAAGUCAAAAUUGGACCUUCAUAUACGUUCCGUUUUAAGGUGAAAUUCUUUUCUUCAGAACCCAAUAAUCUCCAUGAAGAAAUUACACGGUACAUGUUUUUCUUACAAAUCAAGAGUGAUAUACUUUCUGGGAAACUCAAGUGUUCAUUUGAGACUACUGUUGAACUGGCUGCUUUGGCUCUUCAAUCUGAACUUGGGGACUUUGACCCUGAGGUCCACUCACCAGGUUUCAUAUCUGAAUUUCGUUUUGUACCCAACCAAACUGAAGAAAUGGAGAUAGAGAUUUAUAAACAAUACCAAAAUGUCGGUGGUUUAACUCCUGCCCAAUCAGAGCUGGCUUACUUGAACAAAGCAAAAUGGCUAGAAUUGUAUGGUGUUGACAUGCACAUUGUCAUUGGCCGUGAUGGUAUCUCUUAUCAACUUGGUUUAACACCAAGUGGAAUUUUGGUAUUUGAGAAUGAGGACAAAAUAGGAUUGUUCUUCUGGCCAAAGAUCACAUCACUGAACUUUAAGAAUAAGAAACUAAUCCUUGUUGUUGUGGAAGAUGAUGACAAGGGCAAUGAACAGGAACACACCUUCUUGUUUCGCCUGCAAGACCGCAAAGCAUGUAAGCAUCUAUGGAAGUGUGCGGUGGAACAUCAUGCCUUCUUCCGACUGAAGAAGCCCCUGAAAGGAGCCAAUGCAAGGCAGAACUUCUUUAGAAUGGGAUCACGCUUUCGAUACAGUGGCUACACAGAAUACCAAACGGCUGCCAUCAAUCGAGCUCGGCGUGGUGUCAAGUUCGAGAGGAGAGCAAGUCAAAGGUACUCAAGACGGCCAACAUUUGAGAGACAGGAGAAAGAAGAGGAGAUGCUACGACGUAAUGCCGAGUCCAGAAAACAAGUACAGAGAGGACAAGACAUUGAUGGUGAGACCAGGACAAAAGGAAGCCAAGAAUCUCUGCUUGAUUCCUCUUCUCACUCAAUGGUGACAACAUUGACACAAUCCCCAAAACAGAGACCUGGUAGUAAGGUCACCAAUUCCAAAAGUUCUAACAUCAGUAAUGGUAACGUUGCAACCACAGUCACACCUGACCGGCCGUCACCUGCUCCGGCCUCUGCUUUAGAACGUCUCGACUCCCUUAUAAAAGGGGUCCCACCUACUGACUCUUGUCAUCCACCUAAAGAGGAUAUCUCCCCUCCUCCCACUGCUAAAGUUACUAUGAAGAAAAAACCACAAAUGCCAGAAUACACUGAAGAAAAACCUGAAGUGUCAUUACGAGAUGCUUCAGAGAUUGCUGCUUCUAAAAUAAAAACUAUUGAACAACCCACUCCAGUGCUACAUAUCAUGAACAAUAUAAACGAAAUGAAAAACAAUCAGGAGAAAGUAACAGCUAAGACAGCUCUUCCGAUUCCUUCUGACCAAAUGAAGUGCAACAUCUUAAAGGCUAAGCAACUUGAAAGACAAGCUCAUACAGUGAAAACAGAAGUUAUCACAGAAUUCUCUGCCAAAGCUGAGAUAUCUAACAAUGAAGAGGAUGUUUAUGAUGAAGUUGACAAUGAUAACGAUGGUGUUACUGACGCUACAACCUCUUCAACAACUUCUAGUGCUAAUAUAAUGUCUGAUAAUGGACUGCAGGGAGAACAUUCUGAAGAUGCCUUCUCAACCAGUUCUAACUCUAAUGAGAAAAGCAGUCAAGAAGAAACCAGUCGGCUAAAGAAACCCAAAUCUAUCAGCUCAACUUCGUCCACAUCCAGUUGUAACGGUUUUGAUGUUCCCAGAAUUGAAACAGGAACUGACCAGAAAAAAACAAAUGAAGUUUUUGUGACAAAUUCAAAAAUAUCAAAAAUUCCUCAGCGGGAUUCAGCAAGAACAAGGGUCUUGCUGUCUUCUGAAAAGGGGAAACCUCAACUACAGGAGGAUGCGUCAAGACACAAGGACACAGCAGGGAAAUUAUCUUUCCCACCCAGCAGUCCCAGCAUCCCUAACAAUAAUUUCGACAGGGCUUCCAUUUCCUCAAAGCCCCCUUCAGCUGAGAUACUUAUUAAUUUCUCCUCAAAUAGCAAGAAUGGCAAUGUGGAUGAACCUCAGCCUACUGGAAGGAAUCCAUUCCGUUCUGGGAAUUCUCAAAUCCCUUCUCCAUUGCAGAAGUCUCCUCCUUCCCAGAUUCCUUCAGCACAGGUGACAGUCAAUAAAGCUGGUCAACAAAAUAUUGCCAAAAACCAAUCUCAGAUGCGUGUGCCAUCACAGAUCCCAUCUCUGUCACAAAAUAUGCCACCCACCCAGAUCCCUACGCUCUCACAAAACUUGCCCCCAAGCAAUAUCCCUGCUCCAUCACAGAGCUCCCCUCCCUCUCAAAUCCCUUCUCUUUCACAAAAUUCCCCUCCUUCUCUGAUCCCUGCACCAUCACAAAGCUCCUCUUCUACUCAAAUCCCUGCAUUUUCUCAGAUACCUUCUCCCACAUCAAAUUCCAAAAAUCCCUUUUACAAUUCCAAAAACAGGGCUACAAACCCUUUUGCUAAUGAAGACAACCAGAAAAGUCUUCCAAGAUCUAAGAAUCCGUUCAUCAGUCUGGCAAAUGAGGAAUCAUUGUCACAAAAGUCUAAGCUACCAGUUCUGAACACAACCAAACCUCAAGACCUUAAUAUUUUGGAUAACCCCUCUUCUAAGAAUUCUGACAUGAAUAGCCCAAUAACAGCUGAACUUGAUUCUAUUGUCGCCACCCUUACCACUGCUGGAGACAACAAGAUGAUGCCACCACCAUCAUCUUCCUCAUCGGAGCCACAGAAAACUUCUGUUCACUCAUCCGAGAGUUCUUCUGCUCCUCCCCUUGUCAGUCGAAUCGUCAAGCCUGCCAGUGAUGUGGUUAUCCAUGAGACCUCAUUCACUGGAACGAAGUGUGUGACUCGUAAAACAUCUACAACCAGUUCUAAGAGUUUACCAUGCAGGACAGCAUUGGUGAACCAUAAUAUUCCACGAACACAGUCAGCAUCCACUUCAGAAGAUGCCAACUCACAUUUCAAAGGCCAAAAGCGAUCCACUCUGACAACAGAAUUGUGAAAUGGACACAUGGGGGCAGGGAUAUCAUGACAAGAGUCUUGACCAGUGAUACACACACACACACACGUGCUUAUAUGUACCAACACACUAUUUCAUAUAUACACACAUAUACAAACAUACCUUCAGAGAUGUAAAUACUGAAACAGAUACACAUCUACAUACAAACACACAUGAACACAUAGAUAUAUGCAAACACUCACACGCUAUAUGCACUAUAUACAUUAUAUGUGUGUGUGUGUGUGUGUGUGUGUGUGUGUGUGUGUGUGUGUGUGUGUGU